AUGAAGUCCUCCAUGAUCCUUCUUAUUGCUACCGGCCUGGUGUCGGGUCUGAGCAUCCCUAAGCAGCUGGACACCCGCCAGGCCGUCGUCCAGGCCCCAGCUGCUGCCCCCGCCGCCGCACCCGCCACUGCUCCUGCCCUAACGCCCGCUGCUCCGGUUCCUGCUGCCCCCGCUGCUGCACCACCUGCUGCCGCUUCCCCCGCCGAGGGCGCUGACACUGCUGCCGGGGAUGCGAAGAAGAAGGCCGCCGAAGAUGCCGCCGAGAAGGCUGCAGAGGAUGCUGCAAAGAAGGCGCAGAAUGAUGCUGCCAAGCAGGCAGAGAACAAGCAGAAGGAAGCCGCCAAGGAGGCCGCCAAGCAGGCCGGGAAGGCUAUGCAGGACUACCAGAAGAGCAAUAAUAACGACAACAAGGGGAACAACCGCAACAACAACAAGAACAACAAGAACAACAAGAAUAACAACAAUAACAACAAUAACAAUAAUAACAAUAAUGACAACAACAACGCCAACGCCCUUUUGCUUCAGAACAUCCAACUCCUCCUCGCCGCUAUGAACUUACAGAACGUCAACGUCCAGGCUCUCGCUCAGCUCCAGGCGCAGCAGCAGCUUGUGAUGCUCGCUCAGCUUCAGCAACUCGCCCAGCUCAACGCUGUGGGCCUCAUCAACCAGGUUCAGGUCGUUGCUCUCAUGCAACAGGGUCUCGUCCUUGGUGGCGUCCAGCUCGGCGGCGUCCAGGUUGUCAAGAUUCAGUGA